CUGUGUGUCACUCCAGUUCCAAGGGAUCUUACACCCUCUUCUAGUCUCAGGGGCUCUGGGACACAUGGAAUACACAUAAGCUCAUGGACACACACAUACACAUAAACUAACAAGUAGAUAAUUACAUUUAGUCAGGAAUGGUGGUAUAAAUAAAUAAAUGCAGGUACGAUGGUGCAGACCUUUAAUUCUACCACUGGGAAGACAAAGGCAGGUGGAGCUCUGAGUUUGAGGCCAGCCUGGUCUAUAUAGUGAGUUCCAGGCUAGCUAGGCUACACAGGGAGACCCUGACUCUAAAUAAAACUUUAAAUAAAUUUAGAUUCUGUCCUUGGGACUCAAUGAGGACAAGCUACUUCCAACAGACUAUACAAAACAAAAACCACAAAAACAAAAAUGAAGGUUGACACACAGUUUAAGGGAAGCUAUCUGUUGCCUUAAGAAUUAUCCUGGCCUCACAGGCUGAAAGACAAGGCAGGAUGGGUAGAAGAUGGGUUGGGGAGGGACCAGCCCCGGCUCCGCCCUUCCUACUUUAGAGCCAUGGAGAGCCCAGGUCCUGGUGGGCCACCCCUGGUGCAAGCGCCCUACACUGUUCUGCUGCUACCACUGGGGACAAGCCGCCAAGACCCAGGAGCCCAGAACUUCUUCCUCUGGCCAGCUGCAGAUGAUGCAGGCUCUGGAGAGGGAACAAGAUGCUCUGUGGCAGGGCCUGGAGCUGCUGGAGCAUGGCCAGGCCUGGUUCGCAGACCGGCUGAGGGAGACCCAGCAACGGCAGCUGCAGCUGGGGGCCCUUGGCGAGGACUUUCUGAUGGACUUGCAUUCAGAGACUGAUGCCCCUCUGCUAACCCGGAUUCAAAAGGUGAAUGCUUGUCUGCACAGUCUGAUUCACAAGGAGUUGUCAAAGCAUCGGAAAGGAGUCACCCAGUCCACGGGAGAGGUGGUCAGCCAGGCUCCCCCAGGGCCAAAGGGGCCUACCCUUGUGUAGACAGGAGACCCUCCCCUCCCUGCACUGGUGAGUAAGGGGUGGGGUUGGAGUCAGAAUACUCCUGCCCCUCCCCACCCCGAUUUCAUCUUAACUCAGCAGCCAGGGGGCUCCAGGCUGAGAAAUUCAGACAGCUUGGUACAAAGUGUCCACAGCUCCUUCUCCAUGCCCCUUGCCCUCGCUCUCCCCUUCAUCGUGCACAACAACCGUCUUUCCCCAGUGUAUCCGGUGAGAAGGCGUGAUCACUGAGACUCGCCUUCAGCUGAAGCAAAACUAAGCUAAAGCAGCUGCCCUGGAACUUAGAGUGAAAACUGCACCAUCUGGUGCCCUGUGUGCUGCUCUGUGCCCUGUGUCCUGCUCUGCUUCUGGAAUAAACAGCAGCUUCCUUAUUAAAAAAAAAAAAAAAAAA